CGAAGGAAGGAGGGCGUGAGAAAGGAGGCGGCGGCAGGCGGAGGAGGGUUAUCUAUACAUUUUAAAAGGAGCCGCCUGAGCCGCGCACAGGGAGACCAGGGGAGGUCUGACCGCACGCGCGGGACACGAGCGCACCACGCUUCCCUACUCUCAGCCCUUGUACAACACGGGGUCCUAGAGCUCCAGAAAGUCAGCGACCGGUGCCCCAGGAAAUCCUGCAGCAGUGCCCUGCCUGAGACCGGUGGAGGUGAGAGCGUUCGCUUCCCACCGCACCUGGUUCCUCGCGGGCACUUUUCCUGUAGCACCCAGAAACUCAUAGCAGGCGCCCGAGGGCUGGAUGCGAGCUUGAUGGACGGCGGCGCGCUGCCCCGACUCAUGCCCGCCUCGUCUGGAGUCGCUGGAACCUGCGCUACUCGGCGGAGACCCGCAUCCCCGGAACUGCUGCGCUGCAGCCGCCGCCGGCGAUCUGGAGCAACUGAAGCCGGGGGCGGCUCGGCGGCCGUGGCACGCCGCAACGAGCGCGAACGCAACCGAGUGAAGCUGGUAAACUUGGGCUUCCAGGCGCUGCGGCAGCAUGUGCCGCACGGCGGCGCCAGCAAGAAGCUGAGUAAGGUGGAGACGCUGCGCUCCGCGGUAGAAUAUAUUCGUGCACUGCAGCGGCUGCUUGCGGAGCACGACGCGGUGCGCGCCGCGCUUACCGGGGGGCUGCUAACACCGGCCACUCGGCCCUUGGCUGCCCGCGCGCCUCCCGCUGCCUCCCCCGCCAGUGCGUCGCUGUCCUGCGCCUCUUCAUCCCCGGACCGCGGGGGCAGCUCGGAGCCUGGCUCCCCGCGCUCCGCCUACUCAUCGGAGGACAGCGGCUGCGAGGGAGAGCUGAGCCCCAUGGAGCGCGAGCUACUUGACUUUUCCAGCUGGUUAGGGGGCUACUGAGUACCCAACCCCUCUAAGCCGCAUCCCUGGUUGUCUCCUGGUGGACAGACCCGCGCUUCUUGCCCAUGGAGCCUGGAUCGAUGCUUUCUAGUGCAACUUGACCAAAAACCAAGUGCUGACCUCACCUGGGCCUCCACCCUGCGAAAUGGACCUUCCAUCUCCCAGUCUGUGUGGCUCAAGGACUUGGAGAUUUCUCUCAGGAGAAAGGAUUUUACAAUGACAAUCUAUUUUUUACGAAUUAACCUGAACUGCUGGAGGGACUCUUACUGAAAAUAUGAAGACUUAUUUUUGUACAAAGGAUCCUUAGGCUUGGAGCACAAUAAAGAUUGUCUCUGCCCCUCACCCCCGCUGUCUAGAACUUUCCAACCUGGCCAAAGUUUGGACCAGCCAGGCCCUGAGGGCAAGAUGCCUGGCUGCACUUUUCCUCUUCUGAAGCCCAGCCUGGCGCUGAUGUUUGGCCAGUGUGGGAAACCUGCUGUUGUAAAGUGUACUAUUCUAUAAAAGUUGUUUUUCGUUGGUGUC